AUGUCUAGAUACUGGCGGACGUGUCACGUAUGUACCCAAUUAUUACACAUCCGAGGCAUGGGCUUUGACGCCUUGCUGAUCGGCCCCGUAACAGUCAACAGCCCCUACGGUUACCACGGCUACUGGCCUCGCGGCUUCACCAUGCCUCCUGGUGCAGGGGGAGAAGGGGACGAAGGAAAUUAUCAGACGGCCAUCAACCCCCAUCUCGGAACUUCCGAGGAGCUUAAAGCCCUGGUGGAUGCGGCGCAUGCCAUGGGCUUCCUGGUCAUGCCCAAUGCUCCUUAUUUCUCCUUGCCUCGUCCCCUCGUCCCCUCUUCCCCCCUUCCCCCCUUCCCCCCUUCCCCCCUUCCCCUCUUCCCCUCUUCCCCCAUUCCCCCUUCCCGUCUUCCCCUCUUCCACACUUCCUCUCCUCUCGUCCUUUCCCAUCCACCACGCCACCCACCAGUGGUACUCAAUCACGUGGGCUGCCCUCAGGGUGGGGGACCGUGUGACACGUGGCAGGAGGGGAUUCGCCCGCCUCCAUGGCUCAACAACAGCUAUGCUCCCUUCAACAAGAGCGCCGCCUUCCACCCGCCCUGCGAGGUGGAUUUCAGCCAAUACGAUGCCGACAACUGGCAGCGCUGCUGGCUUGCCAGCCUGCCAGACUUCAACCAAUCGAAUCCCACCGUUGCCGCAGCACUCGUGAGGUCCACGGUGUUUGAGGGCGCUGGGAACCCAGACUUUCAAGGAAGCUUCCUCGACAACCAUGACUCGCCCCGCCUGCUGGGCUUGCUGCACGGAGACCAGCUGUUGCUGCACAAUGCGCUCGUGCUGCUGCUCACCUCAAGAGGCAUCCCGCUCGUCUACUCAGGCACCGAGCAGGCCUUUAUGGGAGGGCCCGACCCGCAGAACCGCGAGUCCCUCUGGCCCUUCCUCAACACACACCACCCUCUCUACGGCUUCCUGGCUGCUGUCAUCCGAUUCCGACAAAAGGUGGCCCUGUGGCAGUACAAGCAACAGCACGUUCGAUUCGUCUCCACCCACUUGCUGGUGUUCCAACGAGGGCCAGGAGUUGUUGCGGUUACCAACAGCCCUGCUGAUGCUGAAGUGUUAAACACUGUGCAUGUAACGGGUUUGAAUUACAAAGAUGGCACAAUUCUUUGCAAUCAGUUGGCUGAUAAUGAUUGCAUUCGUGUGGUCAACAAGGGAGGCAUUCGUCGCCUGCCGUGGAACACGUUGACCGUCGCACAGCCGAAUAGGGUCGCACGGUCGCUUCAAGUCGCACAGCCGCGAAAGGUCGCACAACCAUUUGGAGUAUCGACAACCGGUUUGGACACGUUACAUCCUCUUCGCGAGGCUUUCGCGAACCCCUGCGCGAAUUGGCGACUGUCGCCGGCACGCGUGAGUUGCAUCGUCAUGGCUUCGGCUGGCGACGCCUUCUGCGAUCCCUGCGACAUAAAGUCCUUAUCGCCCGCGACGACGGGCGCCGCCAACAAUGCCGCUCACCCUGCCGCCAAAAUCCUCUCCCACGUUUCGCAAGCGGCCGAAUCCACGUUCGACAACCCGGCGAAACCAGCUGUUAGUAGUAACCCGACCAGCGAGACGGAACACGGAGACGGGAACGCGGCGAAGGUUCCAGGAAAGAAGCCUGUCGGGCGAAUGGAUAGCAGCGACCCGUUGGCACUACUGAAGGCGCUCGCCCCCAUGCAGGUUCUCAUUGGAGCGGGUAUGCUCACGGCGCUCCUUCUCCCCCGCCCCCUCGCCCUCGCGCUCACUGCGGCCGCCCUCCUGCCGCCCAUUCUGCGCACCACGCUGCACAGCUGGCGCUGGAGCCACGCCAGGAAGGGCGGUUCCGGGGGAGGCGCAUCUGGGGGGAAGGGGGAGAGGGGAAAGAAUGGGGAAGGAAAGGCGGAGGGGAAGGGGGAAGUGAUGAAGGGGGAGGUCGGAGCUGAAAGGGAGGGGCUUCUGGGGGAGGUGUUAUUUGAGGCAGAUAAGACAAUGGCGAAUGGCAAGGGGAGCGCAGUCGGUGGGCGGCACAAUGCGGCAGCUUCCGGAAACUUGCUUUCUGUGAACGGGAUGGAUAUCUUCCAGGGCCGGAUGGCUGGCAAGAUGGACGGCGACUUUUGUCUGUUUCUGAUCGGAGCGAGGGCCAACAACCCCUUCCCCCUGAGUCCCGCGUUUGCUUCGGUUGGGGAGGUCUUUGGGCAAGCUGUGAGGGAGCUGGAGCAGGAGAGUGAGAGGUUUGGGUUCCUGGGAGGAGACCACUACGUGGGCACGGACAUGACACGUGGCUCGCAGACGAUUGCUGUUAUGUACUGGCGCUCCUACGAUGACCUUGUUAAUUAUGCCAACGACCAGACCCUCGUGCACGGCUCGGCAUGGAAGAGAAUGACUCAGCUACUGAGGGACGGCCCUGGCGUUGGCGUAUGGCACGAGUCCUACGCAAUUAGCGCUGGGCAGUACGAAUCGAUUUAUGUCAACUGCCCAGCAUUUGGGCUCGGAGCGGCAGGGAAACUUGUGCCAGCCUUUGGACCCUUGGCCACGUCUAGGGGGAGAAUGAGAGAGGGAGGUGGGAUGAAAAAGGAAGGGGGAGAAGAGGAAGCAGAAAAGUUACCAGAAGACAAAAAAGUGGGCGGUGGCAAAUGUCCAAUGGGAUUUUGA